AUGAGGUCCUUCAUCCUUUCCCUGGCGCUGCCGCUCGCCAAUGCCUUCACCAUCAACGUCGCCUCGUCCGGUGGUAACGCCACUUCUGGAAAGCAGUAUGGCUUCCUCCACGAGGACAUCAACAACUCUGGCGAUGGCGGCAUCUACGCCGAGCUGAUCCGCAACCGAGCCUUCCAAUACUCUGACUCGUACCCCUUGUCUCUGGACGGCUGGCGACCUGUGGGUAACGCAAAGCUCAACACCAGCCGAUUGGAUGAGCCAUUGAGCGAUGCUCUCCCCGUCAGCGUCAACGUUUCCCCCCGCAAGUGCACCCCCAGGGGGAAUGCUGCCGGCAAUGGCAACAUUGGUCUCUUGAACGAAGGGUAUUGGGGAAUGGCUGUCGAGGAGAAGACCUACACGGGUAGCUUCUGGGUGUUUGGUGGCUACGAAGGUGUCUUCACGGCCGAGCUGCGCAGCGACCUUGAGGAAGAUGUCGUGUUUGGCAGCGUCGAGAUUGAGAGUGAGGCCCAAGAGGGCAAAUGGGUCGAGCACACCUUUGAGCUGGUGCCGGAGAGCAACGCACCCAAUAGCAACAACACCUUUGCUUUGACCUUUGACCCUGCUGGCCUUACGGAUGGCUCUCUCGACUUCAACCUGAUCAGCCUUUUCCCGCCCACCUACAAGAACAGGAAGAAUGGUCUCCGUGUCGACAUUGCCGAAGCACUCGCUCAACUCCACCCGUCCAUGUUGCGGUUCCCGGGCGGCAACAUGCUCGAAGGCGAGACCAACAAGACAUACUGGGACUGGAAGGAUACCCUUGGCCCCCUCAAAGAUCGCCCUGGCUUCCCAGGCGUCUGGGGCUACCAACAGACUCACGGCCUAGGACUCGUCGAGUACCUGGAAUGGGCUCAGGACAUGGAACUUGAUAUCGUAAUCGGUGUCUGGGCUGGCCUUGCCCUGAACGGCGAUAUCACCCCCAAGGACGAGCUUCAGCCUUUCAUCGACGACGCCCUGGACCAGAUCGAGUUCAUUUGCGGACCUGCUGAUUCGACCUGGGGUUCGGUUCGCGCAAGCCUCGGUCACCCUGACCCAUGGCCUCUGCACUACGUCGAGGUGGGCAACGAGGACUGGCUCGCUGGCGGCCCCGAGGGCUGGGAGAGCUACCAGGAGUACCGCUUCCCCAUGUUCAUGGAGGCCAUUCGCGAAGCUUACCCAGACAUCACUGUGAUCUCCUCCGGCGCCACCAGCGAUGGAUAUGAUAUCCCAGCCCCUGGAAUCGGCGACUAUCACCCUUACCGUGAGCCCGAUGCGCUCGUCGAGGAGUUUGACAUGUUUGACAACAACCCCGUCGGCCACAUCAUUGGCGAGGUCGCUGCUACACAUCCCAACGGCGGCAUUGGCUGGGAUGGCGAUCUGAUGCCGUUCCCGUGGUGGAUCGGUAGCGUGGGCGAGGCCGUCAGCAUGAUCGGCUACGAGCGUAACGCAGACCGUAUCCCAGCGACAUACUACGCCCCCGUCCUGCGUUCCAUGGACAGGUGGCAGUGGGCUGUCACGCUGGUCCAGUUUGCUGCUGACCCCAAGCUGACCACCCGCUCCUGCAGCUGGUACAUCUGGGAGUUGUUCGCCGCCCACCCCAUGACGCACACCCUGCCAGCCGAGGGAGAGCUUGACCCUCUCUUCUACGUAUCAGGCACCAACCAGGACAAGCAGUCCUUCAUCUGGAAGGCAGCCGUCUACAACACGACGAACCAUGCGGACGUACCCGUCUCACUGUCCUUUGAGGACGUCGAGCCGGGCACAAAGGCCACCCUGACGGUGCUGACCAACAUUGAGGGCGACCCGUAUGCAUACAAUGACCCCCACGAAGGCAACAACAUUGUCGGCAGCACGGUGACAACGGUCGAGGCUGGCGAUGACGGUGCCUUCGAGUUCGAACUCCCAGAACUCAGCGUUGCGCUCCUGGACACGGCUCAGGAAGAUCUCCAGACCAGGGACAGACUCGAUGCCAGGGAACCGUCGAAGAGUUGGAGGGCCUGA